UGGGCGCCCCGCCCGCGCGCGGAGAGAGGUCCGGGCUGGGGCGCAGAGCCGCCGGUGCGAGGCUAGGGCGCCCGCGGCCGCCGCUCGGAGCCGAGGGCCACAGUCACUGUCCCGACAGAGGCAGAGGCGCCCCGGAGCCAUGGCCGGCCUGAACUGCAGGGCCACAGUUGCACUGCUGGGAGUCCUGUUGCUGGGCGCCGAGCGCCUGCGGCGCGGAGCGGACGCUUCUGAGAUUGCUCUGCCCGCUGGAAGCGGCAUUACCAUUCUUAUAAAGCCUGGGACCCUAAGGCUGCCAGAUAAGCCCUGUUUCAUUAUCGUUUCUAAGAGACUUACAGCCACAUUGCUCAUCAAACCUGGAGUUAAAACGGGCUUUUCCUUUAGCUGCCAGAAUCCAGAGAAUCACUUUGUCAUUGAGAUCCAGAAGAAUAUUGACUGCCUGGCAGGCCCGUGUCCUUUUGGGGAGAUGCAGCUUCAGCCCUCCACGCUGGUGCUGCCCACCCUCAACAGAACUUUCAUCUGGGACGUGAAAGCUCACAAGAGCAUUGGCCUAGAGCUGCAGUUCGCCCUUCCUCGCCUGAGGCAGGUUGGGCCAGGGGAGAGCUGCCCGGACGGAGUCACCCACUCCAUCAGCGGUUACAUCGAUGCCACCGAGGUCAGGAUCGGAACCUUCUGCAGUAACGGCACUGUGUCCCGGAUCAAAAUGCAGGAAGAAGUGAAAAUGGCCUUACACCUGCCAUGGUUCCACGACAGAAAUGUCUCUGGCUUCAGCAUUGCCAACCGUUCGUCUAUAAAACGACUGUGCAUCAUCGAAUCUGUCUUUGAGGGUGAAGGCUCAGCAACCCUGAUGUCUGCCAACUACCCAGAAGGCUUCCCUGAGGACGAGCUCAUGACGUGGCAGUUUGUCCUUCCCGCACACCUGCGGGCGAGUGUCUCCUUCCUCCGCUUCAAUGUCUCCAACUGCGAAAAGAAGGAGGAGAGGGUUGAGUACUACAUCCCAGGCUCCACCACCAACCCCGAGGUGUUCAAGCUGGAGGACCAGCAGCCUGGGAACAUGGCUGGGAAUUUCAACCUCUCUCUGCAGGGCUGUGACCAAGAUGCCCAAAAUCCGGGGAUCCUCCGGCUGCAGUUCCAAGUUUUGGUCCAACAUCCACAAAAUGAGAGCAAUAAAAGCUAUGUGGUUGACUUGAGUGACGAGCGAACCACGUCGCUCACCAUUGAGCCUCGGCCUGUCAAGCUGAGCCGUAAGUUUGUCCCCGGCUGCUUCGUGUGUCUGGAGUCCCGGACCUGCAGCACCAACUUAACCCUGACACCGGGCUCCAAACACAAGGUCUCCUUCCUUUGUGAUGACCUGACACGCCUCUGGAUGAAUGCCGAGAAAACCAUAAGCUGCACAGACCAACGGUACUGCCGCAGGAAAUCCUAUUCGCUCCAGGUGCCUGAGGACAUCCUCCAGCUGCCUGUGCAGCUGCACGACUUCUCCUGGAAGCUGCUGGUGCCCAAGGACAGCCUCAGCCUCACGCUGGUGCCAGCCCAGAAGCUGCAGCAGCACACACACGAGAGGGGCUGCAACACCAGCUUCAGCUACGUCAUGGCCAGCGCCGUCCCCGGCCAGGACCUUUAUUUCGGCUCCUUCUGCUCUGGAGGCUCCAUCGAGCAGAUCCAGGUGAAGCAGAACAUCUCGGUGACUCUCCGCACCUUUGCCCCUGGCUUCCAACAAGAUAUCUCCAGGCAGAGCCUGACCGUGACCUUUAGACCAUACUUCAAAGAGGAAGGCAUUUUCACAGUGAUCCCAGACAGGAAAAAUAAGGUCUACUUGAGGACCCCCAACUGGGACCGGGGCCUGCCUUCCCUCGCCUCAGUGUCCUGGAACAUCAGCGUGCCCAGUGACCAGGUGGCCUGCCUGACCUUCCUCAAGGAGCGGACCGGCGUGGUCUGCCAGACAGGGCGCGCAUUCAUGAUCAUCCAGGAGCAGCGGGCCCAGGCCGAGGAGAUCUUCAGCCUGGAGGAGGAGCUACUUCCCAAGCCAAGCUUCCACCAUCACAGCUUCUGGGUCAACAUCUCCAACUGCAGCCCUGUGAGCGGCAAGCAGCUGGACCUGCUCUUCUCAGUGUCGCUUAACCCGAGGACUAUGGACCUGACUGUCAUCGUCAUCGUGGUGGCGGGAGGCAGUGUAUUACUGCUGUUUGCCCUCGGAUUCAUCAUUUGCUGUGUGAAAAAGAAGAAAAGGAAGAUAAACAAGGGGCUAGCUGUAGGUAUCUACAAUGGCAACGUCAACACCCAGAUGCCGAUGCAGCAAAAGAAGUUUCAGAAAGGACGCAGGGACAAUGACUCCCACGUGUAUGCAGUCAUUGAUGACACCAUGGUGUAUGGGCAUCUGCUGCAGGACUCCAGCGGGUCCUUCCUCCAGCCGGAGGUGGACGCCUACCGGCCCUUCCAGGGUCUCACGGAGGACUGCCCUCCCUCCCCACCUGCCCUGUGCUCCCAGGCCCUGACUAUGAAGCUGGCCACAAACGAGCCAUCCCCUGGCUCCCCUCCUGAGUCUGAGAGUGAACCGUACACCUUCUCCCACCCCACCAUAGCAAAUGUAAGCAAGACAAACACAGAAAUUCCCUUACUGGACACCCACGAGCCAGAGGAGCCUGGGGAAUAACUUGGCCCCUUCCCAGAGACUUUGCAUAAAGCAGGACACUAAAACACCCCUCAGGGUUCCCAACCAGAAAUCCUAAAGAAGAGGAUCAUAUGGAAGGAGCAGCAGGAGGUUUUCCUGGGGACCACCAACUUCUGACUUCCAAGUGGACUCAUUCUGAUGAUGAGACAUUGAAAAUGAUGAAUUCUGAUCUGGAUGUAGUCAUCACGGUUCAUGCCCUUCUAAACUCAGGUUUGGUUAUAAAACCAGCCCAAAAUGAGAGGGGAGAGGUGUGAGUCACCCAGUACAGGGUUGCAACGAGCCCUGGAUUCGGAUUUGGAUAAGGGCCUCUUCAGGUCAACAAUUCCAAUCCCUAGGAGCCCACUGGGGGUCCCCACUCUCACUGGGGUCCCCUGGAUGAAAAUGACAGUGUGCCUUUUUAUUACUAUUAUUAUUUAUUUGGUGGUCCUGAGUAUUUAAGAAGUCAAGUGUAUUAACAUGCAGCUCUUUUCCCCUGACAUAGUGACAGCCCAUGCUAACUGGUUGGAUGGCUAGGUUUUGACUGCUACUGACCACCCUGGGGGGCGGGAAUAACUGCAGCAGCCCAGCCAGUAAAGGGUGUGUGUCUGAGGGCAUUGACGCAUGCCUGCUUUGAUAAGACACUGUGGUUAUCCCACUGCAGAAAUUCACUGUUAGUCCCAUUGUCCUUUACUCCUAGAAAUAAGAGAAAUUGCCUUGAACUGCCUUGUUUGGCUCUCCCAGCUGUAAUCAUACAUUGGCAUUUUAAACAGAUAUUUAGAGAAUAUCUUCAUCUCCUAAAAAUGCUUAAAAAUACACCAGAGAUUGGCUGGCUACCUGUAUUAGUUUCCUAUUGCUACUGUAACAAAUUACCCCAAAUGUGAUGGCGUAAAGCAACACAAGUUUUCUUACCCUGUGGUCUGGGAGAUCAGCUUUCACUUAAUUAAAAUCAAGGUGUCAGCAGAGACAUGGGAGGCUCUAGGGGAGAAUGUUUCCUGCCUUCCCAUCUUUUAGAGGCUGUUCUUAUUCCUUGCCUCUGAUGGCUGGUCACCCCAAGACACUGUGACCCUGAUUCUCCGGCUUCCCUCUUUCACUAAUAAGGACCUUUUGCUUAUAAAACCAACAAAUAAUCCAGGAUAAUCUCCCCAUGGCAAGAUCCUUAAUUUAUCACACUGAAAAGACCCUUUUGCCAUGUAAGGUAAUAUCCACAAAUUCUGGGGAUUAGGACAUGGACAUCCUUGUGGUGGGGUGGGGGAGGGGGCAUUAUUCUGUCCACCACAACUUCCUACUGCUGCAAGAGGGUCUACAAAAUGAUCCAGCCCACAGGUAUGUUUUGUUUAGCCUGGAGAAGAUUUUUAAGAAUUUAAAAUCAUAUUUUUUAUAAUUUACAAUGAUAAAAUUUUUACAUAGCAAUCUGGAUUAGAAGAUCUGGCCAUACCACAGUUCACACCCUCACCAACAGCCCGCUAGAGUUGAGAAAUAUCUCCACCUUUAGAUGGAUCAUCAGGUUCACCAGUUCACCACAGUCCCCGCCACUCCCUAUUGCUUCCCACACUGAGGCUGAGCAGCUGUCGAUAUUGACCAGUGCCCCUGCAGGAUCGCUUUUUCUCAUAUGAAAUGCAACGUUUGGGACCUAUCUGUCAUAUCAAAUGAGAAGACAUGCUUGGAGGCUGGUGUGUGUUUCAAGAAGGCUUGUUCUUACUCAUGGCCCACAUCGGCCAUCUAUACUAAUUCCCAGUUCAGCUUCUGUGGGAGUUGCCCUUGUAGCCCUGCUCUAAUCUGGAAGGAGAGGGAUUGUGCUACGGCUUGUCAGCAUGGUCCAAAGUUCACUAUGUGGCCAAACCUUCACAAAAUACAUGUACUUCAUCACGUUCAGUGAAUUCACCUUGAAAAGCACUGUCUAGGCUUGUUUGUGUGCUACUUUGCCCUCGAGAAAAGGAGUUUUGCCAUCUCCUAAGUGUGUGUAUUCCGAGGCCUCCUGAACCCUUUCCAGAAGGAAGUCUUUGUAGUAGUUUUUUUAAUUAUGCCUCAGUGCUGCCUCUGGCACCUUUCCCUUCUGAGAGGCUGGCUGCUGCCCAGGUACCCUCAGCCGCUUGUACUGAGGUGAGGGCAGACCUCCUCCACGAAGGGCCAGAGGAGGGCCGCAGCUUGCUUCCUUCAAAUGAAGUGUUAUUUAAAAUGGUCACUGCAGCGCUGGCCCUGCUUCUCUGCCCUCCUGGCCUCCUGGCCUCUCCUAAAGUUCGCUCGGUUGGUGCUCCGCAUUCCUCCCUGAAGCGUGGCCGACCGCCUCUGGGCCAGCUGUCGUCACCCACACCACGUCUGCUGACAAAGGCCCCGAUGUGGCCGGCUCCUCUUAACUGAAAACUCAAAACCUCAGGCCAAGUUGCUGGCUUCCUGAGACCUCAGGUAGACUAAAUGUUUUCUGAAAUAUGCAUUCUUGAAGGGGCCAGCCCUGGCUCCUCCCUUUAAAACCCAGACCCCACUUAUGUAGAAGACACUUCAGGGUUGCUGGAAAGCAGACACGUGUUGAAGCCCCUUGUGUGCCAGCGCAGUGCCCCUCCGCCCUGGGGCUGCUCCACCCUGGCCACUCUCCACAUCCAUCUGCUGAGCCUGUGAGGACGCCUGGCUCAUCCAGGACUGAUGGGGUAAAAAACCUCGAGGAAGAGUCAAGUGGGAAAAGCAUAAACCCGUGGGACAUAAACUUGGUAAAAGCAAGGAGACUGGUUUGCAUGGAUCUGCAGUGCUUAACUGGAAAUAAUUUAUUAUUGUAGACACCUUUUAGGUAGCAUUUUAUGCAUUUUCUAGACUUUUUAAAAUAAACAUACAGGGGAAAAAAUGA